CAUGCUCAGGAGGCAGCUCGUCUGGUGGCACCUGCUGGCUUUGCUUUUCCUCCCAUUUUGCCUGUGUCAAGAUGAAUACAUGGAGUCUCCACAAGCUGGAGGGCUGCCCCCAGACUGCAGCAAGUGUUGCCAUGGAGAUUAUGGAUUCCGUGGUUACCAAGGGCCCCCUGGACCCCCAGGUCCUCCUGGCAUUCCAGGAAACCAUGGAAACAAUGGGAACAAUGGAGCCACUGGCCAUGAAGGGGCCAAAGGUGAGAAAGGAGACAAAGGCGACUUGGGGCCUCGAGGGGAGCGGGGGCAGCAUGGCCCCAAAGGAGAGAAGGGCUACCCAGGGGUGCCACCAGAACUGCAGAUUGCAUUCAUGGCGUCUCUGGCAACUCACUUCAGCAAUCAGAACAGCGGCAUUAUCUUCAGCAGCGUGGAGACCAACAUUGGAAACUUCUUCGAUGUCAUGACUGGGAGAUUUGGGGCCCCCGUAUCAGGUGUGUAUUUCUUUACCUUCAGCAUGAUGAAGCAUGAGGAUGUGGAGGAAGUGUAUGUGUACCUUAUGCACAAUGGCAACACAGUCUUCAGCAUGUACAGCUAUGAAACAAAGGGAAAAUCAGAUACAUCCAGCAACCAUGCAGUGCUGAAGUUGGCCAAAGGAGAUGAAGUCUGGCUAAGAAUGGGCAACGGUGCCCUCCAUGGGGACCACCAGCGCUUUUCCACCUUUGCAGGCUUUCUGCUCUUUGAAACUAAGUGACAAGGAAGACAGGAUAGCUCCACCUUGGGGGCAAUUUUUAGCUGAGCUAGGGUUGUUAGGAUCUAAGGGAUGUUGAGGUUGGUGGUUCUAUAUGGAGCACUUAACUGCUGCACUUGUCACAUUGUUAUUCAUUCUAAUGGCAUACCAAUAAUGUUGGAUGCUUUAGGGGCUAAAGAGAAUAGACCACAAGGUAAUCUUCCCAGAUGACCUUGGGAAAUACUCGGCAUCUUUGUCACUCUUCUCUACAUGUCUAAAGGGAUUGCCACCUGAUACAGGUUGGAAAUAAGCGUUCACCUCAAAGGAUGCAUUUGCAAAGAGUUUUGGUGCUCUGUUUAAAUGUAGUAUUGGCUUUGGAGUCAACCAAGUUUUGAGCUCAUUGUUCUUCAUAAUAUUUCAGAAACUAGACUGAUUAUGAUGGGGCUAGGGCAAAAGUAAGAGCACUUACCAGAAUCUAUAUGGGAGAAACACUUUUGAAGUCUAUACUGAGAAACAGCACUUGGUUUAGUGGGUUUUAUUCUUAUAGUCAUUAAUAAAAUGCAUUUAGUCAUUUCAGAUAACCUUCAAGUAGAGCAAUUAUUUACAAUGUUCACAAGUAAUUGGCUCCUUUUUUAAAAAACCAACCAACAAACAAAAAGCUCCAUGUAGAUAAUAUUGAGUUCUACUGGCUUAGACUUUCAGAUAUAAAAUUUUCUCACAUCUGGCUUGCCACAUCUUCUCUUUGCCAUUGCAUUACUGGGGCUCUGGUAGAGUUCUCUUGACUCUGCACACCCAGAUGGGGUAAGAUUAAGUUGAUAUAGUACAGAUGUUAUCAUAUUUUUUUUAAUUUGGGAAUUAUACCCAAAUUUUUAUAUAUAACAUGUUAUGUUGAAUGAGCUGUAAACUUAAUUAAAUACAGGCAGACAGAUGGAUGCAAAAUACAAGUGUAUUGCAUUUAUGAGGUCCAUAAUAACAUGUCUUAAGUGUUUUCAAUAAAAGUGAUAUUAUUUUCUCUA